AGAUUUUUUUAUGGAUUAAAUUAAGUACUUCCAUCUUCAUUUCCCACCUGAUCGCAGCCAUAUAAAUCCCAACAGCUGAUCAACAGACUUCAGAAAGCCCGACGCCUUCAGACGGAGCAGCUGCGAGAUAAAGCCGAGGAGUGGGACGCGAUUGCGCUUGAUGCACACUCCGCUGUUUCCCUUUCUUUUCUGUGUCGCUGAGGUUGGAGAAAAGCAUAUCGGGAACAAGAGGACUAGUUAGUGGAAACUUAAAACUCGAACCUGGAAGAGAGGAUCGUCGUUAAGGAUCCAGAAGCAAGGAGACACAGUAAAGGAAAGAGAAACGGAGAGAGAGAGAGAGAGAGAGAGAGAGAGAGAGAGAGCGGAGCUGUCCAGUGCUGAAGACGCGCAGCCGAACGGGAGCUGUCCAGUGCUGAAGUUGCAUUUCUUCCAAGAGCGUCGCUGCGUCGCGCUGCAUCAACAGAAGCGCAAUCAGGGGCUCGAGGGUCCACCGUAACCCUGUGCUGGCAUCCGAAUUUCGGUUUUGCUGAAGAGGAACGAUAAAAUACGCGACCGCCGCCUGGGUUGCAUGAGGAAAACGAGAGAUUCGACCGGCGGACGAGUGAUUUCUUUUCCUCAGCCUGAAACAUGCCAAGGUCCUUCCUGGUCAAAAAGGUUAAACUUGAUGAUUUCUCAUCCGCGGAUUUGGAGAGAUCGUAUGGCAGGUCCAGGGCAGACAUCAGCCUGCGCUUUCACGAGAAAGGGUACAUCAGCGACUACCUGACCCCGGCCGUGUACGACGGCGAAAGUGACAAUGGCAUCAAAGUACCCUCCCCCGGGCCCAUCUACGACAGCAUCCACAGCGACUACGGAGCACCCGACUCCGAUCAGCCGGACAGCCCGCAGUCGGAGAUCUCCUCGGGGUACAUCAACGGAGACAACGCCGUCAGCGAGGGAUACACCGUGGAUGCCUUCUUCAUCACGGACGGGAGGUCGAGGAGAAAAGUCAUCAGCAGUCCGAGGAGUAUUCAACGGCACACGUGCAACGAGUGCGGAAAAACCUACGCCACGUCUUCCAACCUAAGCAGACACAAGCAAACGCACCGGAGCAUGGACAGCAAAAUGGCCAAGAAGUGUCCCACCUGCGGGAAGAUUUACGUCUCCAUGCCGGCCAUGGCCAUGCACCUGUUGACCCACGACCUCAAGCACAAGUGUGACAUCUGCAGCAAGGCCUUCAGCAGGCCGUGGCUUUUACAGGGACACAUGCGCUCGCACACGGGGGAGAAACCCUUCGGAUGCGCGCACUGCGGGAAGGCGUUCGCCGACCGAUCGAACCUGCGCGCCCACAUGCAGACGCACUCGGCCUUCAAACACUACAAGUGCAAGAGAUGCGACAAGACCUUCGCGCUAAAGUCCUACCUGAACAAGCACUACGAGUCGGCCUGCUUCAAGGGAGCGUUUUCUCCGCUGAGUCCGAUGGACGAGUGAAAUAAACGCGACGUCAAACUUCCAACCGGUUGACAGCACAUUUAAACUCGAUUUGUUGUCCUGCAGCAGCAACAUCUCUGAGGAAAUCAUGGAUUAAUCGCAUGUACCUUAACUCUCUCUCUCUCUCUCUCUCUCUCGCUCUUUUUCUUUCUUUUUUAAGCGUACUUUCUUUCACUUUCUUUGUUCAGAGCCGAAACAUCAUCCGUUUUGUCAAAACUCAGAGGACAUUGAAAAUGUCUUUGUUUCUCUCGAAAGGUCAAACCUUUUCUCUAAGUAUUGGAUAAUAUUGUACUGCUGCCAGUGGCCACAAAAGUAUUCAGCGUUAAGGUAAACCUAUUUAUUCAUUAACUUAUUUACCUAUUUAUAUAUUUAUUUCCUACAAACUGUGUAAAUUAUUUGCACUUUAUGUUGUUGUUCUUUAGUUGCCAAGCCUUCGUCAUUAAUAUGCCAAAGCAUUUGCCACUUUCGGAAUAACUUAUUUUUGUUUGCCACUUUAUAAGUUUGUUGCAUGCACGCAAAAAAAGAAGAAAACAACUACUACUACUAAGGAAAUCUAUGCCAAUUUUAUGAAGCUUUGGAUUUUUUUUGCCAAAACCUAGAUAGCAUCCUUGGGCAAUAUCUCUCGGGAGUCAUGAUGAUGAAUAGAGCAAUAAUGCAUGGUAUUUUUCAAAGCUAAAACGAGUAAUAACUAUAGCCUUUUUAAUCACGAUUUUAUCCAAUACUAUCAGUAGUCGUUCAGAAAUUAAAUAUCAGGGAAAUGCCAGAGUAGUAUUAGCUGAUACUUCCACGGGACGGGACGGGGUGGGGAAGGGAUUUGGGGUCCUUUUGUAAGUGGUUAUGCACUGCCUGCCUCUUAUUAAUAACGUAGUUUUAGAAGUUAGGCGCGCGACCGGAUCGUAAAGCCGGGAGCGCGCGCUUCUCUCACGUGGAUGACUUGUAGGAGAUGCAGCAAUGCAUCAUCGCGGACAGGUGGACGAGCUUCAUCCGAGCGAGGGUCUUUGAAAAGCACUUCUUUGAGAACAUUUCCGAACCUUUUUGAAGAAUAAUACAAACUAGUAGCACAAACCUUAGCGAUUCAGGUAGACGAGCCUUGUGUUAGCCGAACCUCUGUUUUUCUAUCUACGGACACGGAGAACAAACUGUUUGAUGCAAGACUUUGCUUUGUAAAUACUCCUUUGGAAUCAAAUAUUUCUACAGACUGUAAAGAAUCUAAUGAACUUAUUUCUGGACAUCUUUUCCCUGGGUGUUUUUCCCCAGCGUUUGAACAAUAUGUAAAGCACAAAUGACACCGGGCAUUUUCUCACUUCAUAAUAAAGAACAAUUAAGUAA